GGGUGUGGUUGGUUAGCAGUUAGCCCAUCAGCCUUUCAGAAGUGACACACGGAGGAAAGCAGCGUGGAUGAUGAGGAUGCGGAUGACUCUGUGGACUGGGGCACCUCGCAGGAUGGAUACUAAGAUCUAUUUGACUUCCUUGACCUUUUUCCUGUUUGUGUUAUUAAGAGUUUCGAGAGCUCAGACUUCCACACCCGCAGAUCAAAUGGUGUCUGUGAGCAACAAUAGGACAAACUCAACAGCAAUGCCCGCUGCUCCGACUCCCCCUGGAAAAAGAGUCACCAGAAAUGUUGACUCCACCAUGGAAACUCCUGCUGCUGAAGGAACCACAAGGCAGCCGCAACCUAGCAACCCAGUCAAUGUCAGCACAGCCACAUCAGACACUAUGAUGUCAACAGCUCCCACAGGGGGGACAACAAAACCACAAACAAUGUCCAUAGCCCCUCCAGCAUCCACAGUGACAUCCUCCCCAUCCAAAACUCCGAACCCCACCAAAGAAGCUUUCACCCCGGAUAAGAAUUCUGAUGACAAUUUCACCUAUGAUUAUGAGUCCCUGCGCAAAAUUGGACUUUCCAUCGCAGCAGUACUUUUCAUCGUGGGCAUCAUGGUCAUUGGCUGUGGCAGGGUCUGCCGGCUGCCCAGCUGUCGAAAGAGGUCAUCUAAAUCAUAUCGAGUGGUCCAAGGAUAAGGACAGAGAACAUGUAUAUUUAAGUGUGGCAUUGCAAGAAAUCAACCAGAAGUCCAUGAAGAAAAAAAAAAACUCAACCAAAAGCUGGCAGCAUGAGUGUGAAUGUGGAUCGACUGACAGUAUUUUGCUCAGAAAAUCACUGAAUAAACAUAGCAAAUGUGAAUCAUGUUGA